GGAUGCUAAUAUACGAGUAUAUGCCAAACAAAAGUUUGGACUACUUUCUAUUCGGUUGGAAGCACUCACUUUAAUCUUAUUACUUGAUUUAUUUUGUCACUUAAUUGUCAAAAAUACAUAUAGAUCAUCAUCAACUUAUAAUUUCACUCUAUAUUAGACAGAUUCAACCAGAGUCAUGCUACUAGAUUGGAAGAAGCGCUUUAGUAUAAUUGAAGGAAUUGCUCAAGGAUUGCUUUACUUGCACAAGUACUCAAGAGUGAGAGUAAUUCAUAGAGAUUUAAAAGCUAGUAACAUACUACUUGAUGAAAACAUGAACCCCAAAAUUUCUGAUUUUGGUAUGGCAAGGAUUUUCAAGCAUAAUGAACUGGAAGCAAAUACUAAUAGGGUUGUUGGAACAUAUGGUUACAUGUCUCCUGAGUACGCCAUGGAGGGCAUAUUUUCCAUAAAGUCUGAUGUUUAUAGUUUUGGGGUGUUAAUGCUUGAAAUCAUAAGUGAUAGGAGAAACAAUAGCUUCUACAAUGCUGAUCGCCUGCUCAAUAUAGUAGGAUAUGCAUGGAAAUUAUGGAAGGAAGGCACAGUGCUAGAACUAAUGGAUCCAACAGUAGGUGAUUCAUGUAUUAAAGAUCAAUUCUUAAGAUGCAUCCAUGUUGGCCUGCUAUGCGUGGAAGAAAAUGCAGCUGAUCGGCCGACCAUGUCGAAUGUCAUAUCCAUGUUAACAAAUGAAAGCAUGCUAUCUGCAUUACCUACAAAGCCAGCAUUUUUUACAGGAAGAAAUGUGGUUGAAGCAAGUAUAAGUGGAAAAGAAACAGAAAUUUUUUCAACAAAUGACUUAUCCAAUUCCACUGAUGUAGCACGAUGACGGUAUGCUUGUUUUGCCAUGGACAAAUCACUUGAGCUUGCACUUGGUAUGUCCCUGUGGAAAUGGUGGCUAUCUGAUCGUGAUGUCCAUGCAGAGACACAUCAUCUGUAUUUAACUGAUGGAAACAUCUCUUUCAGUGACACAUAAAUUUUGGAUUAAGUUUUUGUAAUAUAUGAUAUUGGCAUUAAUUUGUAAAAUUAACUCCCAAUUAGUAAAACUU